GUUUUCUCAUUUAAUAAAAUAAUUGAUUUCUUUUUUCAACUUGAACGAAAAAAUUUAAAAUAAUUCAAAUUUUUUUCUAUCAUAGGUCCAUAACUCUUAAUUUAAUUAAACUCCAAGUUACAAUUAUAAAAAAAAAAAAUAAUAAUUUUAAAAGAUAUAUUAUUUAUUUAUUUACUUAUUUAUUAUUAUUUUUUUUAAAAAAAAAUAAAAAAUGUCAACAUCAAAUGAACCAAAUAACCCCGAGUCUGUUCAAAAUGAAAUUUCAAAUCAAAAUGAAAAUAUACGACAAAAUCCACGUGAAACAGUACAAUUAUCAAAAAGUACAUUAGCAUUACUUAAUCCUCAUGAAGAAGAGCAAAGUCCAUCGGAUGAUGAAGAUGAAGAAGAAGAUGAAAGUUCACAUUGGCAUGAUAAUUUUUUCGCUAAUGUCUUUAAAUCUCUUGGUGACAACCAACCAACUCAACCACGUUCUACAAAUGUAGAUCAUCAAAAGAGACAAAAGAGACCUUAUAUUCAUCGUUUACAAUCUCAGGCUGAUAGAAAAUCUCUUGAUUGUGGUUUAAGUGAACAUCAAUUAGCUGCGCCGUACAUUGAAGAAGAACAACCUGAGAAACCCGAAGAUUUCAAACGUUCUAGUACAACACCUUUAUUGACUCCAGAAGAACAGCUAGAAUCUUCAGAAGCUGAAGGCUCAAGCGUACGUCCACAUGAAAAUAGUCUUAGGGAUCGCGCAAAGAAAGCUUUGGCGUUACAUCACAUUCAAAAUUUAUUUACACCUUCUAAUAAGGAACAUUUAGAGAAUGCUGGAAAUUUAGCUUCUGAAUUGUUACCAAUUUCAAUUUCUGUUCCAUUCUUGUGGGCUCGUCUAGACUAUAAAGGUCGUAGAGCGCCUCCUAUUAUAUUUGAAGCUUUAAAGCUUGCUAUCACAGAUUCUUAUGCUGACCAUAAUAUGUAUAACCUACAAACGAUUUUUCGAAUUGAGUUGGAAUAUGGUGAUGUCAAAUGGGUCAUAAAAAGAUCUGGAUAUGAAUUUUUUCAACUUGAUUUUAAUUUAAAAAAGAGACAAGAAAUUGCUGGCAUACCGUCCUUCUCGACUGGUAUGUCAGCAUGGGUUGGAACAUUAUUUCAUAGAUCUGAAGAAAGACAUGCAAGACAAGCUACAUUGUCCCUUGAGAGAAGGAAAACUUUGCAAGAAUAUCUUAUUCGAUUAAUAGGAGUAUUGCGUAAACAUGUUUCUUAUGAUCUUAAUGAAUUCUUGGAACUUAGUGCUAUUUCGAUUACAAGAGAUAUGGGUUGGAAGGGUAAAGAAUGUUAUUUGGAAAAUAAAGUUGAAAAGUUUAGGAAACCGAGGUUUUUUUGGAGAAUGAGAAAUUCUAAUGAAAAAUGGGAAAAGGAAUGGGUUAUAGUUCGUGAUUCGUAUCCUUUUUUAUUAUUAUUUUUUUUUUUUUAAUAUAAUUUUCUUUAUUCUUAACUUUAUUGAAUCCUUAAUAUAUAUAAAAAAAAAAUUAUAAAAUAAUCGUCAAAUAGCUAUAUUGCAUUUUGUUCACAUAUAAGUUCAUCAUCCCCAGCAGAUGUGUUUCUGUU